AUGGAUAGGUCAACAUUCAAUAAAAUGAGAGUUGACAUUAUCACAAGUACGUCGCUAGAUCAGUUGCAACAGAUUCAAUAUCAAUUACAAGACUUAAUAGAGAUACAGAGACCUGAUACGGGUUACUCAAAGAAAUUGGAGAGUGAAAAUGUCAAGUCAAUACUCAAACUCAUUCAGUCAAAGCAGAAUCAACUUAGUAGGGUGAAUUUCAAAUUCCUAGGAGAACCACAACCACCAACUCACAUCAACAAGUCUAAACAAGACAAAGAAGUGCUCUCUAACUUUCAUUCCAAUUCAAUUACAGUACUUGAGCAAGACUAUAAACUAAGCUCAGACCACAUCUAUGUAUCAAGGUUCUCAAACAGUAUACUUUCAGUCGAAUCUCAAUCAAUAAAUUUACAAAAUGGCGAAGGGUCCAUAUGUUACCUACGAUCCACUGGUCCUGUGUUUGUACACAAUGCCACCAAUUGCAUCUUCGUAAUAUCCUGCCAUCAGGUAAGGCUUCACAAGAUCACUGACUCUAUAGUCAUCGCUGAGAAUAGACACAAAGGGAAUCCUAUAAUCAUUGAAAAUUGUUCACGAUUGUUGAUUAAUGAUGUUGAUGUUGAUGAUUUUAAUCAUCCUAGUAAGUCUACGAAAAGUCCUAACUAUGAUACCCUACUGAGUGAGGAAGUGGUGAGGAUACGAGGGGAACUGCGAGAGACCAAUUUGUCUAACUUAACAAUUUCCGUAUCUUCUCUUCUUCAUCUGAGAUCCGCUUAA